GUUCAGGCUGGCCAACUGAGCCUCGACUUUGGCCAUGCAAGCAACUUUCAUCAUUAUAUUUACAGGCCCACUCGUAUUGCCUCAUGAUACCCGAAUUCAGCGUCAAUUUUAGCCAUUAAGAAGGUCCAUCACCUCAGUCCCGGCAGCAUGGCAGCUCCUCCGCCGCCUCCUCGUGGAGGACUCUCCCUCUACGAGAACCUCCUCGAUCCUAACGAUUCCUCGUCCGCCACCAUCUCAUCCGCUCCAGUACUCUACAAUCAGGCCGACAGCGCCUCUGCAGAGACCUCUUCCAAGAAACCGGUCGAUCCCGCCCUCCGCUUCCAGCCCAUUCGCCGUCCCCAAGUCAAACAGACCAAGCCGAAGCCCUCAUUCCCCAAACCCGUCGGUCCCAAACCAGCAACAGCCGCCGCCACACCACCAGCCCCUGCACCGCCCAAGAGCACACUUGCUGACUGGGCCGCGACAGAGGAUGAUGAGUGGCAAUAUGGGGCCGUAGAGAAGCGCCAGCGUGGUGGGCGCAAAAAGAAGAAGAAGCAGCAGCAAGUACACAUGGAGACCGACUGGGAGGAGUUGUAUGACCCGGCACGGCCAACAAAUGUAGAGGAGUACCUGCGAAGUGACGAGAAGGUCAACGAGGUAAGAGAAUGGAAGGCAUUACUCUACCGGCACCGUAGAAAGCGCGACAAGAGCGACUCCUCGGACAACGAGGAUGAUGACGGCGACACCCGACAUGUCGCACCAAAUCAGUUUGCACCUCCAUCGUCAUAUGCCUUUGUCCCGCCGCCACCAGGCUCACCUCCAGCUCCUCCUCCCGACAAAACCGGCGAGGACGCUUUCGUCCGUCGUAUGGCCAUGUCUCAGGGCCAAACUCCCGCGGUCACCCAGCCGCCGCCACCUCCCGCACCACCCUCCGACUCUGCCAUAAUAUCCCGUGCUCCAGUCCGAUACAUGCAACCAGGAAACCCCAAAGGUGACGAAAAAGACGAACCAUACUCUCCACCGCCCACGAUUGGAGGCCAUGCACCUGAAGUCGAUUCUCAACCUCGGUCAGCACGCCCUGGCCAAGCCGGUUUUGCUCACCGUCUCAUGAGUAAGUACGGUUGGACUAAAGGCACUGGCCUUGGUGCCGACGAGACGGGCAUUAUCAAUCCUCUGCGAGUGCAAGUCGAGAAACGGCGCAAGAAGGCCGACGCUGAUGGUGGGGGUUGGGCGGAGCCUGGCAGCAAAGGCAAAAUCGUGGGCGGGAAUCGCAAGGAGGAGAGUACCGGCAAGUUUGGUAUCAUGAGCGACGUCAUUGUCCUUCAAAACAUGUUAGAGAACAUGCCUGACCUCCAGGCCGAGAUUGCGGACGGCCUCGGGCAGGAGAUUGGAGAGGAGUGCGGCGAGAAGUACGGGCGUGUGGAGAGACUUUACAUCGAGGAAAAGAGUCGAAAAGUUUUUAUCAAGUUCACAAACCAAGUGUCUGCGCUUCGAGCAGUGAACGAACUAGACGGGAGAGUCUUCAACGGAAACACAAUUGUGCCAAGGUUCUUUGACACAGAAAAAUUUGAGAAAGGGAUUUACAGUUAGAAAAUGACUGGUCUAGCCUGCAGCAAGGGUUUAGACCCGGUGGAUAGCUGAUUUGAGGCUUGCAACACAGAAGAUAGAGGGAGUAGCGUGCAUGUGUAUUGUAGAGGUGAUACCCCAAAGUCAAACCGAGUUGACAGGACAUCACUAAACCUGACGACGGUGACAAAAUGAAAAAUCCGAUGCCAUUACACCGAAUAAGGAGACUGGUUCGAACAUAGCUGGAUGACUAUUUCCUACGAUAUAGCAGUGUAUGUGCUGUUGUUCGGGUCCUCAACCAGAGCUCUUCCUCUUCACACGACUUCAUUCGACAACUUUAUCAGUUGUGUAUGCCAAGGUGAUCAAGUUGGAC